AUGCCAGUACCUCGUAAAAUUAUUCGCAAUCAUAAACAUUAUUAUCAACAUUCAUCCCCUCCGAAAGUUAUUCAUGUGAACAAUCAAAACGUACAAAAAACAAAAAUAAGUGGGUCAUUAGUGAUUAAACCUUCGAGCAUUCGAAUAUGGAUCCACGAAAAAGACAUAAAGAAACUAACAAAAGUCCUUUGGGAAGGUCAAGGUAUGAGAUUAUGUCGAGAAACCUCCUCAAAUCGAAAGGUCAAGCAAUUUUUGGAUGCAGUUCCUUAUGUUAUGGCAACGAUUAAAGACGUUCACACAGCAGCAAUUAACAACGACCUCGAUUUAUUGGAAGCUGCUUCGGCGGAUCCUGUGCCGCCGGAAAUGCUUGCGUGUAAAGAUACAAACGGACUGACCCCAUUGCACAAAGCUGCGGGCUUAGGACAUCUUGAAUGUUUGGAAUAUAUUCUGCUGAAAUAUCCGAAUGCGGCAACAAUUGAAGAUAAUACCGGAAAAACUGCGCUACAUUGGGCGAGUGCUAAAAACAAUUUUCGGGCAUUCAACUUGCUCGUGCAGGCGGGCGCCGACGAAAUUGCCAAUGAUCAUCACAUGCGACAUCCAGCUUAUUAUCGCAGUAAGCCGCAUGAAGUUGACAAGUCUUUGCUACAUGUGAUUCCUGAGGCACCGCGAGUGCCUAAAAAGCCGCCAAGUUUCGACUGGAGCAUGUUCUUUGAUGAGGAUGCAGCAAAUAAUAACGAACCACGUCUCGUACAAUCACUCCUCUCAUCGCGUCUCAGUAACCCAUCCGAAAGCAGUAACAUGCGAAAAGCAAAAAGCACAGACCCAAUUAAGCAAUUAGAACCCGAAGCUGAACCCCUAAAGAUUGCGAGUUACAGCAUGGAACACAUUGUCGACAAAACCUUUGAGGAUCUCGAAAGUGAAAGUAGAAGCAGGAACAACAGUGAAAGUCAAGAGACGGAACAAAAUGAAAUUAGCGAAAACAAUCAUUUCGAAGAACUGAACGGUAAUCAUUUGGAAAAUCAUUUAGAAUUAGAACCGGAAAAUGUAGAAGAAGAAAAUCAGGAAAAAGUAGAAGUAGAAGAAAUUAAUAAUAAUAAUGUAGAAGAAAAUGACGAUGAAAAUCCGCCGCUUCAGGAGGAUGACGAUGCGACAGGCAACGAAGUGAGCAAUCUCGAAGAUGCCGUCGCGAACAACGACGAAGGCUCCAAAGCGAACGGAGGCGAUCAAUCGACCACGGAAGAUGCUGAAUACGCUGACGACGAAAACGAGUCAGAAUCGGCGCGAAAUAACACGGAGAACGAGGUACAGAACGAAAUUGAAACUGACGAGGUACCUACACCCAUUCACACACAAAACGAAACAAAUGCCGAAGUGCUUGUCAUAAAUAGCGAUGAGGCCGAACAUGAAAAGGACGAUGCUUCGACCUCAUCAUCGCCAAGCCCAGAAAUGGAAAUUUCGGGAAUAGUUCAAGGCGAGCCCGAUACUGAUCAGUUGGAGUCUCAGGGAGAUCCAAAGUAUGAAGAUGAUGAGGAUAUUAAAAAAUUAAUUGAAUCGGGAGACAUGGAAAAGUUAGCUGGGUUGGUACUAAAUGGGCAUGGCCAUAAAUUGGAUGGGUUCAAGUCAGAUCAUCCUGAGAUACAGUCGUUUUUGGAUAAUGUGCCUGCUUAUAUGGACAAAAUCAAAAAAGUUCACAUCGCAGCAAAAGACGGUAACUUAAGAGAUCUUCAAGCAGCUCUCGAUCGACGUAAAUUUGCAACUGCUCGAGAUCAAGUCUCUCCUUUUGGCGGAACUCCUUUACAUGUCGCGACAAUUUUCGGACAUGCAGGAAUUGUUCGUUACUUAGCAGGAAGAUUUUCGGAAACCCUUCAAGCAAAAGACGAUAAUGGACGAACAGCAUUACAUUACGCCGCUGUCAUCAACGACAACGGACAUUUUUACAACUUACUUUUGCAAUUGGGGGCAAAUCCCGACACUUUUGACAAUGAGGGGAACACAGCCGAGUUUUAUACGAAGAACGAUCAGUCUGACACAAAACUUUCGCAUAAGCAGUUGCUUCGAGAUUAUGGCGCCGAUGAAAGUCUUGCCGAUGACAUGCUCUUGGAUCAAGUACCGGAUGACUCGCACAGCGCACGUCGCUUACUGGAUGACCCCGAGCAAAUUCAAACGCUCGAACGCUGCUUCAACCUCAUCCAGGAGCAAAAUUCCAAGGAAGAAGGCAAAAUGCAGUUGCCAUCGAACAGCGUACCGGGAAGUGCGGGAGCAAUUCGUGUCUCGGUGACGUCAUAUCUCGCCCGAUUUUUAACAAAAACGAUUUUUGAUCGAAUCAAGAGACGUCAAACGAGACUCGAUCACAAUUUGUUCGACUUGAUAUGGCCUGCGAUGAAAAAAGCAGCUCGAACAACGCCGGUAGAUGAGGAACUGAAUGCCGGGAUUGUUGUGCCCGAUUUCGAUGCUUAUGUCGUUUUUCAGGAAUUUCUCGUGCCUUUAAUUAAGGAUUUGCAUUGUUUGGAUCCGAAUCAGAGUUUUAUCCCUCAACCCGAGGUUUUGUACUUCCCAGAGAAGUUUUUGGAAGAAAAUAAUUGCGAAAAAGAAUUUCAUCUAAUUUUGGAUCAUGAUGGCACGUACAUGGCUGAAGGCGUUAUCGAAGUUUGUAGAAAUUUGGAAAAUUUUGAAUUGCCGUUAAACUUGAAUUUGGGUCAAUUGGAGCAGUCGGAAAGGACUUUGACAGGCAAAAUUUUGAGUAUGGAGUUCGCAAAAGCCAUCGGAGAAGAGGAAAUUGGCGUUUAUUACACGAUGAAUGAAGUUUUCGAGAAACGUUCGUUGCACAAUCGUCUCCAGAGCUCCGGUUUGCUGAUUCCUUUGUUCAAUCCCGACAACGACGACGAACAACCCGAGUCGAUAGCCAUCAAUAAUCAUCUCUGGCCCUACGGAAGAGGCGUUUUCCUGUCUCACAAUGGGGAUUUAGCCGCUUGGAUCAACGCACAAGAGCAUCUUCGUCUUCUUUGUACCACAAAACUCGGAAAUGUCGCCGACAUUGGAGCAGCUUACUUCAAAAUCAGUCAAGCGAUGAAUUUUCUCGAACAUUUACUCGAGUUUCGUCACAGUUACUUCCUUGGAAAUCUCUCGUCACGUCCCGCCUAUCUCGGAUCUUCGUUGAAAAUCAACGUUUUACUCGCGUUGCCUUAUUUACGCAAAGAACGGGCGAAUUUGCGACAUCUUUGCAAUGUUAGAGGCUUAAAUAUGAAAUUGGAAGUCAAUGAUACGCUCAUCCGACUCAGCAAUAUGCAAAGUUUGGGCAUCACAGAAUGGAAAUUAUUUCAAGAUUAUUGCACGGCAGUCACGAAUAUCCUGCAGUUGGAAAAGGAUUUGUCGACAUCGACCACAAGUCAAAUUACGGAGUCGUUUAUUCGACUUUUGCGACAUGUAAAUAAUGGUCAAAUAGAAAUCCCAUUAUUUCGUACUGAAGAAGGUGUUUAUUUAGCGACAAGUCUCGGAGAUCCCCUAAUUAAAGGUUUGACAGAAGUUGCCAACGUUCGACCCCCCGAUCCAAUAACUUUUCUCGCGAAUUAUCUUCUAGACUUUGCCCGGAAGCAGAACCAACUCCAAGGCGCCGAGGAAAUUUCUUCUGUCGCUCUCGUCAGCGGCGACCCAAGCACCGAUUUACAAGAGGCCAACACCGAACUUUUCAAGCAACGCGCUUCAGGAAAGUCAAUUCGCAGCACAGCAGCAAUUUCGGCGGCAAUCGAGGCACCCAGCAACAGCAUGGAUCACGAAAACGCCCCCGAGGGACAUCAAUCGACGACGCCGGGUGACGAUCGCGACGAACACGGGCAAAGUAUCUUGCAUUUCGCGUGUGCACGAUCCCAUGGCAAAAAUGCGCUAAUUCAGCUGAUCGAGGAGUCGGAGACGAGCAUCACGUAUCGCGAUGAACUUUAUCGCACGGCAAGAGAUGUUUCGUUGCAGGCGAAUCAACCGGAUAAUGCGCGGGAAAUUGAUCGGUAUGUCGUGCAAUUGGCGGCUCGCGGUGACAGCGAAAGUCUCGCAAAUAUGGUUUGGGAGGGAUAUGAUCAUAUUUUGGAUGCGACAGAUGCCGAUGGAACGUCUAUUGAGCAAGUAGCGCGUGCCAGAGGACAUCAGGAAGUUGUCACUUUGUUGGAAAGUCUCAAUGAUUUUGAGCAACUUCGCGAAAAUUUAUUGAGCGCCAUCAGAGCAGGAGACUUGGAACAAGUAAAAAAAGUCGGCGCGCAAUCUGACAUGUCAAAACUGACAAAAGCUAAAAACUAUUAUGGUCGCUGCUCUUUGCACGUCGCCGUUCUCCUCGAAAACGAAGAAAUUGUCGAUUUUCUCGCCUCGAAUUUCCGAGCAACUUUACAUAUUGGCGAUAAUUUGGCACGCACUCCGCUCCAUUAUGCCAUGGGCAUAGAUAAAGUCGAGGCAAUCAGUCGAAUUUUGAUCAAAAAUGGAGCCAAGCGAGUUGUGAAGGAUCUCAAGGGACGUCAACCUUCAUACUAUUUUAUGAACAAAGCUGACAUCUUACGCCUUCAAGAAGAGGAAAAAGAGUAAAAAAAAACCUUCUUCAUACGAAAUUUAGUAAAAAUUCAACAAAAGUAGAAAACAAAUUUUUUUCGCACUCACUUA